AUGCGGCGGCAGCGUCCAGCCACCCCUGCCACACGAAUAUACCACGACAUCGUAGUGCAGUGGUCCUACCAGUCACGGGAGGAAGAUCCCUUCAGUUUGACGGACUUUUUCCCACAAGCAAAUCUUCCAGAUAGCACAAAGGGGGACGAGUGGUUGUGGUUGCAGUACGAGACUUCUGGCCGCGGUAGUGUGCUGUCAGGAUCGAGGCUGUCUUCUCCUAUAUCGGAAGAGGACGAGGAAGACCUUCCGCCUCCGCGUGCAGAAGAAGAGGACAGGACCAGGGAAAUUACCAGCCACGAAGAUCAAAUAGUCGUUUUGGCACUAGAUAGCAAGCCCAUGCUGCCUGAGGACGAUGGACCGACCUCGGACGACCGGUUGCUGUCGCCAUACCCUGAAGAGGACUCACCAGAUGACGAUGAGGCGUUGUACAACGUUUUGAGCGCGCUUCGUCGGAGCUACAGUCGACCACAUUCUCCAGGUGCAGGCGACGAAGCCACCACGCUGAAUAGGCUCUUCUCUGAGAAAGGCGAGGACGCAGACGACUUGGAAUUGGGCGAAGGUCUAGUACAUCGUGGCAUGUGCAGGGUGUUCGACUUGCUUGAUGUCGAUAACCGAUAG